UAUAAAUCUAACACGUUCUGUUCAAAGUUUUAUCGAAGAAAACUCCAACCAUCUCAUCUCAUUCAGUGUAAGCACACGAAGAUGAGGAAGAGACCUUCAAAACCUGCUCUCUCCUUCUCUUUCUUUUGUUUUCUUUGGUUGACAGAGAUGAAUACGAUGAUGGCUCAAAACACCACAGUAUCAGUGAAUGUAGGAGCGGUUCUUGACUUGGAGAAUCCCGUGGCCAACAUGUGGUUGAGUUGCAUCAACAUGGCCCUCUCAGACUUUUACGUCACCCAUUCUCACUACCAGACAAGAUUGGUCCUCCACACUAGGGACUCCAUGAGAGAUAUUGUUGGUGCAGCUGCAGCAGCUCUGGACUUGAUAAAAAAUGUGCAAGUGCAAGCAAUCCUAGGGCCAAAUACAUCUAUGCAGGCAAAUUUUGUUAUUGACCUUGGAGAAAAAGCUCAGGUACCCAUCAUAUCAUAUUCUGCAUCAAGCCCUUCUCUUACUUCCAUCAGGAGUCCAUACUUUUUCAGAGCUACACAAAACGACUCAACUCAAGUGAAUGCCAUUAGUGCAAUAGUUCAAGCCUUUGGAUGGAGAGAAGCAGUGCCUAUCUACGUAGACAACGAGUAUGGCAAGGGAGUCAUACCUUACUUAACUGACGCUUUGCAAGCUAUUGAUACCCGUAUCCCCUACCGGUGUGUCAUUUCUCCAGCUGCCACCGAUGAUGAAAUCGUGGAAGAGCUUUACAAGUUAAUGACCAUGCAAACUAGAGUUUUUAUUGUGCACAUGUCACCCUCUCUUGGCUCUCGGUUUUUUAUCAAAGCAAGUGAGGUUGGAAUGAUGAGUGAAGGCUACGUUUGGAUCAUGACCGAUGGGAUGACUUCUUCGAUAACUCCUCAAGUCAUUGAUUCAAUGCAAGGAGUAUUGGGUGUUAGACCUUAUGUUCCAAACACUCAAGCGCUCGAAGACUUUAGGGUUCGAUGGAAAAGAAAAUUUCAGCAGGUUGAGAGUGAAUUGAAUAUUUAUGGGCUAUGGGCCUAUGACGCUGCCACCAUAUUGGCCAUAGCAAUUGAGAAAGCAGGUAUUGCAAACUUUGGCUUCCAAAAGACUAAUGUUUCCAGCAAUUCAACAGACAUCUCCGCUCUUGGCUUCUCUCGAAAUGGCGAAAACCUUAUAGAAGCAUUAUCAAACACUCGCGUCACAGGUCUUACAGGAGAUAUCCAUUUUGUUAACGGGCAGCUCCCAUCUUCGGCUUUCCAGAUAGUUAAUUUGAUUGGUGAGGGAGCAAGAGUGCUUGGAUUUUGGACGCCUAGAAAUGGACUUGUCAAAAAAUUGAACUCAAUAACAAACACAAGUUUGUAUUCUACUUCUAAAUCCAAUCUAGCACCUGUUAUCUGGCCAGGGGAUUCAACUUCUGUUCCCAAGGGUUGGGAGAUUCCAACAAAUGGGAACAAACUGCGAAUUGGAGUCCCAGUGAAGGAUGGUUUCAGUGAAUUUGUAAAGGUAACAAGAGAUGCCGGUACUAAAACCACAACAGUCACAGGAUACUGCAUAGAUGUUUUUGAAGCUGUAGUAAAAGCACUACCUUAUGCUCUGCCUUAUGAAUACAUCCCCUUCGCCAAGCCUGAUGGUGGGAGUGCAGGAACUUACGACGAUAUGGUCUAUCAAUUGUACUUGGGGAGUUUUGAUGCUGUGGUGGGAGAUACGACUGUAAUCGCCAACAGGUCAUUAUAUGCGGACUUCACAUUGCCUUACACGGAAUCAGGAGUAUCAAUGAUAGUGCCAAUCAAAGACAACAACAAUAAAAAUGCAUGGGUUUUCUUGAAGCCUCUGACAUGGGAUCUUUGGAUGGCAAGCUUCUGUUUCUUUGUUUUCAUUGGAUUUGUGGUCUGGGUUCUUGAACACAGAAUAAAUGAAGACUUUAGAGGUCCUCCUUCGCAUCAAGUUGGCACUAGCUUUUGGUUUUCCUUCUCAACCAUGGUUUUUGCCCAUCGGGAAAUCGUUGUUAGCAACCUGGCAAGAACAGUUGUAAUUAUAUGGUGUUUCGUUGUAUUGAUUCUAACACAAAGCUACACCGCCAGUUUAACUAGUCUUCUUACUGUUCAGCAGCUGCUGCCCACUGUAACCGAUGUAAAUCAGCUUAUUAAAAAUGGACAGUAUGUUGGCUACCAAGAGGGUUCUUUUGUUGUGGGAAUCUUGAAGGGCUUGGGCUUUGAUGAAUCCAAGCUCAAGGUUUACAAUUCUACUGAAGAAUGCGACGAACUUUUCUCCAAAGGAAGUGGAAAUGGUGGCAUUGCCGCUGCUUUUGACGAAGUGCCAUACACGAAGCUGUUUCUGGCACAAUAUUGCUCAAAGUAUACAUUGGUUGAACCCACAUUUAAGACGGAUGGAUUUGGAUUUGCCUUCCCUAAAGGAUCUCCUCUAGUACCUGACGUGUCAAGGGCAAUCUUGAAUGUAACAGAAGGAGAUAAAAUGAAGGAAAUUGAGCAAGAAUGGUUUGGCAAACAAAGCAAUUGCCCCGAUCCUAGCAGCUCUGUUUCUUCGUCUAGCCUUAGUCUCCAAAGUUUCUGGGGAUUAUUUUUAAUUGCCGGAGUAGCUUCGGUUUCAGCUCUCCUUAUAUUCACAGCCAGGUUUGUCUAUGAACAUAGGCAAGCUUCUAUGCGCUCUGAUUCAAAAGCUUCAAUAUGGAGUAGAAUUCUUUAUUUGUUUAAAAUCUUCGACCAAAAGGAUUUGAAAUCGCACACUUUCAGAAAGAGUGAACGGAAUGAGAUUCAGCUUAAAUAUCCACCUAGUAUGGGCGCACCAAGUCCAUCAAUCUGUUCAGUCCACACAGAUUUCCCUGUAGAAGAGGGAACUCCUUCUCCAGAAUAUGGUGAUCCAAGUUCAAACGGACAACCACCUCAAGAGGUAGUGCCAAACAUCGAACUUGCCAACACAAAUCAAGAAACAUCAAUAGCUAUUGAAGGAACUCGUGACAACUGACAACUGAUUGUUUAUUUACAGCCCCAUCUUCCAUAGUUGUAUUACAAUAAUAUUAGCUGUAUGUAAUAUUACCUAGCUAAGACGAUAUUCUUAUACUGUGAAAUCCUUCUUUUCUGACAUAUUUAUUUAACAAUGCUUUAGGAAAAUUAAGAUUUAAGAUUACCUAUAUCUAAAGUGAUCUGUUCUGUGGAGCACUGCUAGUGACCUAGAGAAUUAUUUUCAAAAUUAAU